UACGCAUCCGCUCCUGCGAUUUCUUUGCCUCUCUUUCGUAGGCUCUUACUCGCCAUGACUCCAUUAAAGCCAUGGAAGAAAUCCCACGCCAAAGUUGCAGACCGGCAAUGACGUCUCCUCUCCUCUCCACUGCGAUAAUCCCUUACAUUUGCUGACGCCUUCACCUCUUCGUGUUCUUGUGAUAAACCCGUUCACAUCCGGUAGGUACCAAGAGGAAGAAAGAGACGAAACAACACGCUUACUGCGCGCGUCAGGGAACGCAUGGGUUCAUAUUGGUUCUGGUUUUGUUUGAUCUUUUGGUUGUUGGCUUUGCGUACCCACUUGGUCGAUUGUGAGUUUUCUGGUGAUUACAUUAGUUGGGAUGAUUUAAGUAUUCACGAAAACAGUUUGGGGAAGAUGGAGGGGGGAAACAGAGAGAAGAGCAGGGUCUUAGUGGUGGCAAAGGAUGGGAAAGGAGAUUCCACGACGGUUCGGGGAGCUAUUGAUUUGGUUCCUCACGGUAACGACCGAAGGGUGAAGAUUUUCAUCCAAUCUGGGGUUUAUAGAGAGAAGGUGCAAAUUCCCAUAACUAAACCAUACAUUUCGUUCAUAGGAAACGGGAGUGGAGAGACUAUAAUUUCGUGGAAUUCCACGGCUUCAGAAAAAGGUUCCGAUGGCCAACCCAUUGGCACCAUUCUCUCUGCUUCUGUUGCCAUUGAAUCUGAUUAUUUCUGUGCUACAGGGAUCACUUUUGAGAACUCUGCUCCAAGUGCACUUCCUGGUGCAAAAGGAAAACAAGCAGUGGCACUGAGAGUUUCAGGGGAUAAGGCCAUGUUUUUCAGGUGUAAAGUCCUGGGCUCACAGGAUACCCUGUUUGAUCAUAUGGGCAGGCACUAUUUCCACAAAUGUGAAGUUCAGGGCGCCAUCGACUUCAUAUUUGGCAGUGCAAGGUCCCUGUAUGAGAGCUGCGUUCUCCAUGCAACUGCUGCAAGUUACGGAGCAAUAGCAGCGUCGCAGAGAAACUCGCCAAAUCAAAACGCGGGCUUCUCAUUUCUGCAGUGUAAGCUGGAUGGCUCAGGCAUGCUGUACCUUGGGAGAGCAUGGGGCAGAUAUGCACGGGUAGUCUAUUCUUUGUGCGAUAUGGGUGAUAUCAUUAUCCCUCAGGGAUGGUAUGACUGGGGUGAUCCAUCAAGGAGACGGACAGUCUGGUUUGCAGAGUACAACUGCAGGGGAGGAGGAGCAGACUCCAGACAGAGGGUCCCGUGGUCAAAGUCACUGACCUAUGAGGAGGCAAAACCUUUUCUCACCAGUGAUUAUAUUGAUGGGAAGCAGUGGCUGAGAUUAUGAAAUUAUAUAUAUAUAUAUAUAUAUAUAU